AAUGACCCCUUUGUCCCCUGCAAUCAACCCUCAUACUCAUUUCCUCUGGACCGAGAAGCAUUCACCCACAAUGUCGAUCAAUGUACUCGUCCAACCAGUCGAUAGUCUCGAUGACUUCACUCAGAUUUACCACUGCUUUAGCGAAGCUUUUGGUCGCCAAAUCAAAGAAUCGAUCUGGAUAGCCAUGAAUCCGAACUGGAACUCUCCUAAAGGCCAAAGAGAAGGCGCGUCCAGGCUCCUCGAGCGCUGGCGAUCCGUAACCAAGAAUAAAGAGGGCCAUUCUAAUACCGUCAUCUUGAAGGCAACUCUGCGGGAUUCCCAAGAUGGUUUCAGGCUCAAAAUCGUCGGCGCGGCCAUCUGGACUCAAUUCUCCUUCGUGGACGGGUACGGAGACUUGCCGACGGACAGCCCUGCUGGCCUCGAGACUUUGACUCCAACCGAGAGGCGCUUCGCGAGCCAGAUGUAUCGCGCGCUAUGGAAACGCCGUGUUUCCCUCGCCCGGGAAAAAUCGAAAUCGGACUUGCCCGCUAUGUUUACACUCGAUAUCUGUGCCGUCGACCCAGCUUUCCAGCGAAGAGGUGUUGCGGGAAAGCUGGUAGCAUGGGGCCUCGAGGAGGCGAAGCGGAGGGGGAAUUUAGAGUGCACGACUGAGGCGUCAGCUAUGGGGCGGGUUGUGUACAGGAGGCUUGGAUUUGGAGCAGAGGGUGCUGGAGAGGAUAUUGUGUUUGAUGUCGACGAAGAAUUCAGAAAUCGCGAUAUGCCGGAGAUUGUGUUCAUGCGUACUUGGGCUAGCCAAUGAGAGGCGUAGUGAUAGCGUUGAAGUGAAUUGGCAUGCAUCGCUACUGGAUAGAAAGUUGAAUUGAUCUGAUUCGUAAACCUG